AUUUUUUGAUCAAAAGUCGGACAAUCCGGUCGGUCAAGUUCAUUGUCUUGAAGUGAUUCAUGCCAGGAGCUGAAACUUUUGUGAGAAGAUUAAAACUUCCCUAUCCGCAUGCUCGGUAUUUCAUUACUAAAAACAGUCAUGAUGCCCUUAUCCGAGCUUCAAAUUUCGAUUGUCACCGAUUCAUCCUAUCAAUGCCGAAAAGCAGGUACAGAUCAAUCACACUUUCUUUUUGUGGCGUUUCAAUGGACGACUUUUCUCACAUUUUGCUUCAUCCUCAUAAACACUCAUCCGGACCGGACUUGAAUUUGAACUUUAACACGCGUACAGAGAAGAUGAUUAGAAUAGAUGUAACACGUGCAAAAAAUAAAAGUGUCAAAGUAGGCGUACAAUCAAGUACUUCCUUCCUGACAUCCAUCAUCACAUCCAUCCAUCUGUGUAUCAGAGAUGGAUUUCCAGAACAGAGCAGGAAACAAAGGUGCAGGUGUGGCAGGCUCAAGUGAAGCAAAUGUAGAUCGAAGGGAAAGGCUACGUAAGCUGGCAUUAGAGACGAUUGAUGUGAACAAAGAUCCAUACAUCUUACGAAAUCAUUUAGGUGGAUUGGAAUGUAGGCUUUGUCUAACACUUCAUACCAAUGAAGGAUCUUACCUAGCUCACACACAAGGAAAGAAACAUCAGACAAACUUGGCACGAAGAGCAGCUCGAGAAGCAAAGCAGGUCUCCAAUUUUGCAGAUGCACAAAAGCUACUCACAGGUGCACCAGACGGAGGCGUAGAAAAGAAGAGGUUCAUCAAGAUUGGCAGACCAGGAUACAAGAUCACCAAAAUUCAUGAGCCUAUGAUUGCUAAUGGCAGAAACGGGCAGGAGGAUGCAUCAUACGCAGAUGGACAGAUUGGAGGACGGCUAGGGCUGCUAUUCCAAAUUCAUCUUCCUCAAAUCAAACAGGAUGUCAAACCGAUGCAUCGAUUUAUGAGCAGUUAUGAGCAGCAUAUCGAACAACAAGAUCGGGCAUGGCAAUAUCUGGUUGUUGCUGCUGAGCCAUACGAAACGAUUGCUUUUAAGCUACAAUCAAGGGAGGUAGACCGAUCUGAGGGUGUAUUAUUCAGUGCCGUACCUGGAUCUAAAAUGAAGGAUGAGCCUGGCACAUGGAGUCAUUGGGACUCAGACACAAAGACGUUUUCCGUUCAAGUCCUUUUUAAAGGGUGAGGGGAUCGAGAGAAUGUUGAAAUUGCAUUCACAUUGUACUUAUAUUGAUUAACAUAGGGUUGUCAAAUUGUAUCAUAUCGUCAUAUUAAUCAAAUGAACACUGCUGAGUAGUUACCCUACCUCAGCAGCUCAUCGAGUCAUUCAUC